GAGUAAGUAUCUGCGUAGUAGCAUGAUAGCAAAGUUUAGUUGAUAAGGGCAACAGAGAAUAUUGAAGGCUUCACCUUAGGAGUAUUAACAACUGUAGAUGAACAUCAAGAAAGGACACGUGUAUGUGUCUUUUCUCACCAACGUACGAUUGAAAAAUAUUAGAUAUACUGAAGACAAACUUGGAAUGUGGGGUGGGUGAUGGAAGAGGACAACAGUCAAGAUACUUAUGUUGCCCAGCUACGAGAGGUAUUUGAAAGUUGUGAUACCACAGGGACUGGUUAUCUUGGCCAAGAUGAGAUGACAUCUCUCUGCCAGAAACUGCAGUUGACUGACCAAGUUAAUAUCUUUGUUAAACAUUUGCUUGGUAGUGACCCCAAAGCAAGAAUUGCUUUUCAUGACUUUAAAGAAGGGUUCAUAUCACUGUUAACACAAUCAGUUGACAUCAAAGAUGAGGAAGAAGGUUGUGACGGUACUACAGCUUUUCAACUUUCAGAUCGUGAAGUGUCACCCAAACUGGUGCUCGGAAACAAGAAGUAUGGAAGACGUUCUCGGCCAGAAUCUUUAGUAGGUGCAGAAAAUGAGACACAGACAGAUUAUUCGGAUUCAGCAGUGCUUUAUACACCAGAUAACACACCAAAUAUGAUGUGGAUCUCUUCACCUAAAGUGAACAGCAGUGAUUUAAAACAUGAGACCUCAUGGACUGAAAGGAGAAGCAUUUAUAGAAGAUAUAAUGAUUUAAUUCCUAAAACCUCAAUAUGCUAUUCUCCAGUUCAGUCAGUAUCCUCUACCCCAGAGCACAGACUUAGGAACACUAUAGAGGUAGCAUGUACUUCCCAGACAACCAACACUGUGGAAAUGGACCCAACAUUUAGUUCAAAUGAAAAAAGUGCAGAGGAGUUUCUCAAAAGCAUCUGGCAAAAAAUGGAUGUUGGAAGAGAUGGGUAUCUGAACUUAGAAGAACUGACAAGUGUAUGUGAACAUAUUGGAAUGGAAAUGUCUGAUGAUGUUGUUACUCAAUUGUUUGAUAAAUUGGAUUGUGACCAAGAUGGACGGAUUAGUUUUGAAGAACUUUUACAAGGACUUUUUCAACAUGGAGGACCAAGUGCUACCAAUGUAUCAUCAUAUUCUUGUGAUACUCCUCUUGAGGGAAGUCCUGUUCAUAAACCUGAGUUUUUCAAGAGCAAUUCUGGGGAUGAUCGGCAGAUGGCGCCAGGGGGGUCUGAAUCUGGUGUUUUCUCUUCCAUUGAUCCUGACAAUUCAGGGUAUGCUGACGCUUCUUCUGUGGUGGAACUGUGGCAGUCGCUCGGCCUGUCGGAAGGCAUGCAAUUUCUAAAGGAGCUGGGUUACAAUACUAACUUGAAAGUUAAUCUUCAAGAUUUGACAGUUCUGUUGGAAGAGGAGCUAACUACAGCUUGCCAGUCCAGCGGAUUUCAGUUUUCUUUGACAACAUACCUGAAUGAACUUCAAUAUCUCAAAACAAACUAUGAACAAGUAAAGGCAGAAAGAAACAAAUUAAGAGUUAGUCUAGCAGAAGCUAAUAGCAGAGCUGCCCUGCUUGCACAAGAAGUUGAUGAUCAUCAUGCCAAGUUAGAGAAGGCAUCGCAGAACAAAUUAAUACACAUAGAGAAAAGAUACCAGGAGCAACUGAGAGAUUUACAAGAGGAACUACAGAAAGAAAGAGAUUCUUUAACAGCACACACAUCUCGUCUGAAAAAGCAGCAUCAGGAGGAAUUAGAGUUGGUUCGAGAUGAAGAAAAUAAGCUGCGUAGCAGACUGUCUACUUUAGUGAAGGAAAAUUCUCGUCUGGAGUCUGAGAUUCUAGAAACAACUGAAAAGUUCAGUGAAGCUAAAAAAUUAAAUAACGUCCAUCAGAAAGAAAUAGAAACUGUGGGAGAAUUAAAAGAGAAGAUUGCAGAAUUGGAAUCAGGUAGAGAUAUACUUCAGAACCAACAAUAUCAGUCCCUUCUUCAAGAAUGCGACCAGUACAAGAAACAAAACAAGGAAUUACAGGACCACAAUGAUGAAUUAACCUUAGAAGUAGAAAACCUUCGGCAACAACUGACUAUGAGUACCAGACCACAGGAGAAGAAACAUAAGCGUACAGGCUCUUGGCUUUCUGACUACAAUAAAGGAAUUAGUUCUGGCAGUCGAUUAAAAAGGCGAGGAAGUGAUUCUUCUACUGAUGAUAAUUCUGGAGAUGAAAGUCCCAAGCUUGGCAAAAUAAGGAGAAGAAUACAUUUAACACCAGAAGUUUCGAAAGAGUUACCACAAAUACCAUUUGAAAUUGAGAAGAUGAAAGAAAGCCAUCAAGAUGAGCUGGAAAAAUUGAAAAAUAACUAUCAAAUGUCCCUCAAAGAAAUGGAAGACUCUUACAGAAGUAGAGUGUCUGAACUUGAAGCUCAACUUCUAAGACAAGCAGAUCUGGACAAGGACCAGAUGGAUAUCAGCUUAGAUGGCUGUGUACAGAUGGAUGCUCUGGUACAAAGGUUACAAGAAGAGCUGGACCAACAACAAAACAUGACUGAAACUUUAAAAAGUCACAUGCAGCUUGAUCUGGAAGAAAUAAAAAAACAGCUUGAAGACGAGAUAAGAACCAAAGAACAAGGUUUUAAUGAGAAGCAAGCUGAGAUAGAAAAACUGCAAGAACAAUAUACCUUGCUGUUAGACCUGAAAGACAAAGAGCUAAAUAAGCAAAUUGAAGUGAACAGGCAGCUAGAAAUUCAGAAGCAGGAGCUUCAGAAGAAACUGGAAGCUGAGAUAUUAAGCUCCACAGAUAAAGAACAAAAGGCAGAAACUAAUGAAACAUCUAAAAUCAACAAAGAAGGUAAAGAAGAUGCUACAAACUUCAGAAAUGGUGCUAGUACUUGUAGUACAGAACUUAAUCCUUGUAUUAAAUCCUUGAAAGUCCAACUACAGAGUGACUUAGAGGCUCUGGUAACUCUGUUAAAUUCUAAUCUAGGUCAGAAAGCAGGUGGAGAUGAUGCUUUUGAAAAUAAGUAUAAUGAAAAACUGGAUGCUAUCCUUUUGGAAACACUAAGUGCUGUAGAUAACCAUCUAGAGAAAAGAUAUCUUCAAAAACAAGAGAAGAUUAAAGAACAAUAUGAAGAAGAAUUAAAACAAUUAAGACAGGAACACAUGUUGGAGCAAGUCGAAUUGGAACUACAGUAUAAGGAGGAAUUUCACAAACUACGGCACAACAAGUCACAACAUUUGAAGAUGAAAUAUCCUAGCCAGACAGAUGUGUUAUUGAAAGACUUGUAUGUAGAAAAUGCAAACCUCAGUAGAGAACUGCAAAACUGUGAAGAAAGACUACAAAAGGCUGAACAAAACAGUACUCGACUACAGUAUAAGUGUAAAGUGUUGAGUAAACUAUUGAAAGACAUUACACGAACUGCUGUACUCUAAUAAACUGUGUGUCUAGAAAGGCUGGUCAGUUUUAAAUAGACUGCUUGCAAAUUUUAUGUUACACAAAAUGCUGAUCAGUAUUAUUUAAGUAAAGUGCUUGUCAAUGUUACACACUUUGCAAGCUACUGUGUGGGAUUAGCUGGAAGUGGGAAGACUGGUCAGUUAACCUCUGUUUGUAUUAAGUUGCCAUAGCAGAAUUUACACCAUAUUUGUGGAACUUAGCCUGCAGACUAUAGAAAGUAUACAAAUCUGUUUGUACUGAACAAACUUGAAACAGAGUUUGAAGGAUGAGACUGCAGAUCUCAUUAAGUUAGUUUUCACUUUCUUUUGCGACGUUUACGUAUAUGAAAAUUAUGUUUGUGCUUUUGUAUUUUCAUUUGUUGUCAGUAUAUUUUAUUAUAUGAAUUGUAAAUAUGUUUUUGCUAACUGGCUAUUAAGUCAUAUUCACAGACAGUCACUGCACACCAUCCAUCUCUACACAAGCACACCCACGUACUAGUUCCAAGAAAUGCAACCAUAUUCUCACCUUCUCUGCACACUUCUAUAAUUGUCAUAUUUCCAAAUAUCAAGAACUGCUGUUACUUGUGCAAAGUUUAAAAGCAACAUACUUUUACUAUAAACAAUUGCUAACAAACUCUUACUCAUUUUCACACUUUGUUAUACUGUUGUAUUCUGUGCUAUAAUGAAUAUACUAGACAUUGACACUUUCUGCUGUAAAUAUUUCCAUUGUUACUUUUUCAUCAUUUGGGUUAUUGAGUUUUUAUGAGAUGUAUUUAAAAAAUAUAUGUGAGGUAAAAUGUAUUCUUAUUUUUUGUACUUUUCAAACACUCACAGAACAUUAGUUUAAGUGAUCAUUGUUUAAACAAUGUGGAUGUAUUCUAGGAACUCUAGGUGCUUUUGUUUUAACUUAUAUUGCAUCACAUCUUCCAUAUGAUAUAUCUCUCUGAUUUUAAGAAAAGCAUUGAAUAUCUGUGCUACUGUUGUCAAGAAUAAAAUAGUUAAUUUUGGAAGUCUGACAUCAAAAUGAUUUUCUAAUAGUUUAUCUUAACUGAAUGUGCACAAGGUCAGUUCAAUGGGCCAACCCAAUUUUGGAAAAAGUGUGUUGACUACUAAAAGUCUGAAUUUAAUGUGUGUCAAGCUUUAAGAAAAAGGUAAAAUCUAAGAACACAAAAAUAUCAAUGUGUGACAGAAGUAUUUGAACUCAAGAAAUGUCUGUGAAUUGAUGAUGAUGUGAGUGCAAGGUGAUGUUCAUGUGAAGUAUAAAAAUACAAUUGUUUAUCAUACAGUUUCAUAUCUAUAGGUUUUUCAGUAUCCCUGUAUAUUGUAUCUGGUAUUUACCCUUUUCUACCAAUUUGCUUAAUUAGUAUUAUAGGGUAAAAUUAAUAUUUAAUAAUUGUAAAAAGAUCGUGGUAUGCACACUUCGACCCCCCUUAUCCAUGCACAUUUGGUUAAUGUAUGGUGAACUAUACGAAUUGCUUAAUAUUACACUUGGAACAUCAUUAUACAUAGGAUUUAAGCUUGCAAGUGAAUUAUAUUCUAUAUAGAUUUCUCUUUUAACUGAAGAAAGCAAGGAUGUAGUUAAUCAUCAAAUAAAUGGUGUAAAACAUAGAAAUAUAAAACGUACUAGUUCUGUAUAGAACCAACUUACAUUCUUAGCAUGUGAAAACUUCAAUACUCUGUAGUAAAAUAGUUUAUAUCAGCAGAAAAUGACAACAUUUAGCUGGCUAUAUGACACUAUUUGUUUCAGUGCAAAGCCACAUAAUGGAUUAUCUGUGUACUGUCCACCACAGAAAAUCUAACCCCAGAUUUUAGAGUUGCAAAUCUGUAAACUUACAGCUGACCCACUUGGGGAUGAUAUCGUUAAAAUUAAGAUGUUUGAGGUAUCCCAAAAAUGUGUUCUGACUUUGUUUCCAUUUGUUCUACACUUUAAAUAUGUCUUCUGUUUCUUUUGUAUGUUUGUAAACAUAUAUAAAUAAUUUACAGAUUUUAGUUAAAGAAUUUCUGUCACAGGCAAUUUCAGUUACAUUCACUAAGUUUUAUCAAGAUUUCUGGAGAUCAGUAGCAUACACACUUCACUUAUUUUCUAUUACAGGCACUUUUUCACAUUGACUAGACUAUAAUGAGAUCACUAGAUCAUGCAUAUACAUGUUACUUAAUGUCUAUGUCAAUGCACUUGAAUUUCUUUGUUAACCUACUUUAGUAUUCUGAUAAUCAUACAUCUACUACUAAAGCAUUGCUUUAUUGUGUUUCUAUAAUGAUUAACAUUCAUCUGUUUUUUUCCAAAAUGUCACAUGAUUAUUUAUAUUGACAUGAUCAUGUCAGUGCAGUAAAGAAUACUAUGGAUUCCCAAAGUUUGAUUCAUCACUUACCUGUCUUACAGUAGUCUAAUUAAUUUAACAUUACUCAUCCUUCUCUACACAUCUGAGCGAUUGUUAAAGUAUGUCACUUUUGUGAAAUUUCAUUUUUAAUUAUAUUAUGUUAAAAGAAUGUUUUUUUUUUUACAGAAAUCUUUAAAGUGUUAAUUUACUUUUUUCUUUGUUAAUAAAUACUUCAUACUUUGAAUCUAAACCAGAAGUAAGAUUAUUUUUAAGCAUUUGUACAGAGUAUGGAAGUUAAUUGAUGGAAAGCUUAACUCUAUAGUGUCUCAUUUUGCUUCAUAUUUAUAGGAUGUGUUCAGUGUGUACCAGGUGAAAUAAAAAAUAAUAAUAUAUUAAUCUUUGUUAAAUACUUGUUUUUAAGUGGUGUUCUAGUAGUAGACAGUGUAUUCAGUAAACAUCUGCUUAUAUGGUGAAUCUUUUCUUGCUUUAUGCUAUUGUACAGAAAAGUUUUAUACAUAAAGCAGAAGAUUAAAGUUUGUAUAGUUAGCAGGCUUAUGUAUCAGAAAUUGUUAGAAACAUCUUAAUUGUUGAUAAUAAAUAUUGUAAAAGCAUGUUCAAAAACUAUUUUAAAUAGAAAUAUAAACAAGUAGGUUACUGAUGUGUGCAUGUUUCUUUCAGACAGAAAUUUUGUUGGUAUUAAUAAAUGUCAAAAUCGUACCAUAAUACUUUAUUCAAGAGUUAAAAAACUGUGAUAUCUCAUGUUGAACUAAAAUCCAAAGAAGUUAUACUUUGCACAGUGUAAAGUACAUGAAUCAUUUCGGUAGCUACAGAGACAUGAGGUAAAAUGUACCCUUUCCAAAGUGCAAUUUGUAAAAUUAUAUUGGUGUAAAAUAAAUUAUAUGACUUUUA